AUGGCCACCACUAUUCGUAACAUCAAGAGCGUGCUUCCAACACUUGACAGAAUCCUUGUGCAGCGUUUCAAGCCACAAGAGAAGACAGCGAGUGGUUUGUACUUGCCUUCGUCAUCAACUGCAUCUCCGCUUCCAGAAGCUACCGUCAUCGCUACCGGUCCAGGUAUUAGAGACUCCAAGACUGGUGACAAUGUCCCUAACUCUGUAAAGUCUGGCGACAAGGUCUUGUUGCCAGGCUGGGGAGGUUCUUCCAUCAAAGUUGGCGAGGAGGAAUACUAUUUAUUUAGAGACUCUGAGAUCCUCGCAAAGAUUCAGGAAUAA